AGAAGCUUUGAUACUUCAGUAAUCCACAAAAAAGUAAACACACGUGAAAAUAAAAACAAAAACAAACUUUUAAUUUUAAUAUUAUGGAGAGUAAUAUUGAACCAAAAAUUAUCAACGAAGGAUCAGCUAAAAUAUUCGAAGAAGGACAUGUUUUUUAUAAUCCGGUUCAAGAAUUCAAUCGAGAUAUUUCAAUUUGUGUCAUCAACACAUUCUUGGAAAAUUAUGAACAAAAGGAAGUGAAUAAAAAUGUUAAAGUUAGCGGAAAAAUUCGUAUUCUUGAAGCAUUAUCAGCAACAGGUCUUCGAAGUAUCAGGUAUGCAAAAGAAGUGUCUGGUGUUGAUGAAAUUAUAGCAAAUGACUUGAUGAAAGAAGCUGUAGAAAUGAUUAAAAGAAAUGUAAAAAUGAAUCAAGUUGAAAAUAUUGUGAUCCCAAACGAAGCUGAUGCAAUGACAUUAAUGUAUAGUUCAACAGCUUCAUCAAAACGAUUUACAAUCAUUGAUUUAGAUCCGUAUGGGGGUCCAAAUAAGUUUUUGGAUGCUGCCAUUCAAAGUAUAGAAGAAGGCGGCUUACUCUUGGUCACCGCAACAGAUAUGGCAGUAUUAGCUGGAAAUACUCCUGAAGCAUGUAUUGUGAAGUAUGGAUCAGUUCCCUUGAAAUCUAAAGCCUGUCAUGAAAUGGCUCUUCGAAUACUUCUUCGAUGCAUUGAAGGACAUGCUAAUCGUUAUGGGCGUUAUAUCAAACCUCUUCUAAGUUUAUCAGUUGAUUUCUAUGCAAGAGUUUUCGUAAGAGUGUACAGUGGACAAUUUCAAUGCAAAGAAAGCAGCACAAAGCAAUCAAUGGUUUUUCAAUGUACUGGAUGUGAGGCUUUAACACUUCAACCACUUGCAGUGAGAAAGAGAAAUCCAGAUAAUCCAAAGUCAGUCAAAUUCGGUAUUCCAACGGGUCCAUUUGUGUCAGCGCAAUGUGAACAUUGUGGACACAAACAUCAUAUGGGAGGUCCAAUAUAUUCUGACCCGAUUCAUGAUCCUGAAUUUUUGAAGUCACUCAUGAAAUUUGUAAGUUCUGAGAAAGGAUCAAAAUUAGGAACAUACAACAGAAUUCUUGGGAUUUUGUCGGUGGUUCAAGAAGAGCUUCAUGAAAUUCCACUCUAUUACACAAUUGAUAAAUUAUGUUGUGUUUUGAAAUUGGAAAUGAUUCCACAAUUAAAAAUGAGAUCAGCAAUUUUAAAAGAAGGUUAUCGAGUAUCUUUGUCACAUGCAUGUAGAAAUUCAUUGAAAACUGACGCACCGAUUAGUGUUUUAUGGGACAUUCUUCGUUACUGGUCGAAAUCUCAUCCAGUCAAUCGAUCUCGUUUCCUAGAAGGAUCAGCUUUAAAAGCGAUUCUCUCGAAAGCUCCAAGUAAAGAAUAUGAUUUAAAUAAUAUUCACCCUGAUGCUGAUCCACCUAGUCGUAAAGAAGCUCUUCAAAGGUUUCCCGAGAAUCCAGCUGCACAUUGGGGUCCAGGUACACGUUCCACUUUAAUGGUUGACAAAGAGAAAAUUACUAAAAGCAUCAGAAAUCAAAACAAAAACAAAAUUAAACGAGAAAAGAAGAAAGAAUCAUCUUUUACGAAUUCAGACAAUGAGCAAAAUUCUGCUAAGCAGAGAAAACUUGACACUGACAAAGAAAUCUCUGCUUGAAUCAAAAUAUGUAAUAAAUAAAGAUAAUAUUUUAUGUUGAAGUGAAAUAUCCGUUUCUGAUCACUUUGACUUGUGAAAAAGUUAUUCAAGCGUAAUCCUUUUUCCCAUUUUCCCUCGCCUCAUUUUCUUUGAUACUUAAU